UAAGUGAUUCUUUGUUGCAGCUACCGUACCUUUGUUCUCGACUCCACCACGUGCUUCAGCUGCUUCGGCAAACAACAACGAAAUAUUCACCCGCGUGAUUGUUCAGUCACAACACAUUCAUUUUCGAAUUUAUAAAACUGUUGCCUUUCAGACUCGAUCUUGUCUUGUUACAUAUUUAAAUUCAAAGGCACUGGUUUGCAACACCGACCUCGAUUCUCUCACUAUACUAUCGUAACCUUGCCCGGCGCAAGUUUUUUUUUCUUUUUUUCCCACGCAUCCAUUCCUUACGAUUUACUCACCACGCAUAUCUUGGACCUACUUUCACAUUCCUUCUCACACGAAUUAUACCGUGUCAACAAGAUGUUAUUCACAAAUCAAAUUUCGCGCCUUGGUGGCGCCCUAGCCCUCGGAGCUGCAGCUACUCAAGCUGCCUACACAAUCCAAGACUCGUACGAUCAAACAAACUUUUUCGAGGGUUUCGAGUUCUUCAGUCUCCCUGAUCCGACAAACGGGUUUGUCAGGUAUCAGACAGCGAUUGAGGCAAAUGCCCAGUCGCUUGCCGGCUUAGCCAACGAUGCCGUUUACCUAGGUGUCGACCACACCACCAUGAAUCCGAUCGGUGGUCGUGGAUCCGUCAGAGUCAACUCUAAGAAGACUUAUAGUAACGGUCUUAUUAUUGCUGAUAUCGCUCAUCAGCCAGCUUCCCAGUGUGGAACUUGGCCAGCGUUCUGGACCGUAGGCCAAGACUGGCCGUUUAACGGGGAGAUUGAUAUCAUUGAAGGGGUGAACCUCGACACGAACAGCACUUACACUCUCCACACUGGUCCUGGAUGUACAUUCUCGCAGGGCGAUUGCAAUGCUCCAGGAACCGGAAACCUCGGCUGCGGAAUUUCGAGUCAAGACACGCAAACCUUCGCAGACGGCUUCAACGAGAUCGGCGGUGGUAUCUUUGCCGUAGAGUGGACUUCGUUAGCCAUUAACAUAUUCUUCUUCCCGCGAAACGGCGACAUCCCUCAAGAUAUCGCAGCGGGACAACCUGAUCCUAGUACCUGGGGUAGUCCUCAGACUUCGUUCUCGGGAGAGGGCUGCGAUAUCCCGAGCCACUUCAAGGAGCACCAGAUCGUCUUCGACACAACGCUGUGCGGCGACUGGGCUGGAAAGGUAUUCGGCAGCGACCCUGUCUGCGCUUCGAAGGCUUCUUCGUGCCAGGACUACGUGUCACAGAACCCGGAGGCGUUCAAGGAUUCGUACUGGUUAAUCAACUCAGUCAAAGUGUUCUCGGACGGUUACGCGACGAAGCGAGACGGCGCUGUCCGGAAACGAUUUACAGCGUAAAUGUCGCAUAUCACACUUAGGGGGUCAGGACAGAUUUUGUCGUGAUCUCUUAAGACUUUUAGGGGCGGC